AUGACCUCUGGUUCUAGGGAGUUGCCUAAAGAUUAUAGGCAUUUACAGAUUCCAAAUAGCGAUGCUCACACAUACGAAAGCUAUUCGCAGCAUAGUUAUAGAGACGGCUCAGACAGUAGACAGUCGCCUAAUUAUAUGAGGCCGCAACAUUCUCCAGCUGCAAAUAGGCAACGUAAAUAUUAUAACGAUACUGCUGGUAACAGUUUGUCCCGUGGGAAUUCUCAUUCAACUGUCAGAAGCCGGCAAAAUCAGUCUAGAAAUAUCAGUCCCGUGUCUAUCAGCAGUGUUGAUAGUAAUUCAUCCAUGGGAAGCCAGAAUAUGGGGAACUCUCACUAUACUACACACACUCAAAGGUCAAGAGGAGAUUCCUACAGUUACUCAGCAAAUCAUAUGCCAGCAAGCCAUACAUCCCCCCAUAUAAAACCUAUUGCAAGUAAUGGAAGCGGCUAUGAACAGAAUAACUGGAGAAACAGUAGACAGAAGGCGAGAGUAAGUAUGUAUCAUGAUGUUUACGUCAACACUGAGAACAUGAGAAUGAAUAACAAAAGGGGUGUGAACAUGGGACAGUAUGAUACAUCUGCUACAAAUAACAGCAACAAGUGGAAUGUUGAAUCAACCUAUGAUUACAACCCGUACAGUAACAAUAAUGAUAGUGGAUACCUAAGUUUGUACUUAACGCCAUAUCAAAUACAAAGAAAGAAAAUGCAGAGCUGUUUCACUUUUCCAAAUGGAGAAAAAUUUACACCAAAGGAAGAAAUAAAAAGACAGAAUAAGGCUUUGGAAGAACAACUAGCAUGCGGAAAUAAGGAAGAAAGAAAUAAAAAUGGAUUACCCAUAUCGAAUAACAACAGAAAUAGCAACAACAACAAUAAUAGUCAUACAAAUAUGAACAAUGCAGAUAAACCAAAGACACUGGUUGGUUCAAUCGCUAGAAUAUUUGGUAUGAAGAAGAAGUCCAAUUUCCAAACAAUGAAUAUAAAUACAGCUGAGAAAGAAUCAGAUAGAAUGUAUUUUGCAGAGCCGAAAGAUCAUCAGCAUAAUAUACCCAAUUUUAGAUCUAACCAGGUCGAUGGCAGUGACUCGGUACUGCUUAAAAUAAAUGACAUUUCUGAUGCAGAUAGCCCUUCGACGUUUAUGAAUAAUAGUACUAAAAAAAUUAAGUUUAGCAAUGAUGUAGAUAUUAGAGGGACGUGGUCUAGUCUUGAAUACGAAAGAAAACCUGAUAUAAUUACAGUGAGCUAUGACCACUUUAUAGAAGGCCCCUUAAAUUCCCAGGAUUCAAUUACACGAGAUCAACAAAACCAAUCUCCUUCUAGUAAGAAAAUUAAGGCGGAAGUUAAUAAAUUCAAAGAAACUGAAAUGUUCGUUCAUCAAGAUAGCAUACAAUAUACCCAUUAUUUUAUACUUUGA